UCUUGUCUACAACCCGAAAAAUAAGGUUAAAUAUAAAUGAGGUAAAUGGGUAAAUGAACAGAUUCACAUUUUUUUUAAUGCCAUAAUUGUUAAAAAUGUCAUGUGUCUUAUGAAACAAAAGUAUCUUUUUUUUUUUUUUGGAAUAGCUGUUUUUCGGUAUUUGUGUUGGAAAAUUUGUUGUAAAGAUGUAAAAUGUAAAGAAGAAACCAGCAGUUUUUACAGCUUUUGAAUAGUUAUUUGAGUGAAGUUGUUGCGAACGGUCCAUGCUAACGUUUUAGCUAUUUCCAAGAAAACCAUUCAAUGUCCAUAAAACUUUAAGAUGCUGGAUGGUUUAAACUGUAAUGUGUCUCUUUUAGGUUUUUAAUCGAAAAUAUUUUCGAAAAUUCUAAUUGUAACCAAUGAAUAUUGAGUGUAGGCUCAUGUUAAAAGCCAAGCUUUCUGCCAAUAUUUUUACCAUCAACAAAAAUGAUCACAACAUUUUACAUUACAUAUUUAAAAAAAUAACAAUCACAGGUUUAUUCCAUUUCUGUUAAUCACACCUUAUAAAGCAAAAUGUAUGAAAAGCUAAAAUGAAUGUGUUUGAGAUAAAAUGUGGAUAGAUUUUUUUGGGGUUGGAUUAUGAUCAAGAAGAAGCCCGUGUUCGCUCUGCUGCUGCCGCCUCUCUACCAGCAUUGGGGGAAAUUUGCUGAAUGACUCUCGGAGACAUGAAAUUGAGAGAGCAAAUCUUCCAAAGGUUUUUGAGAGACACAAAGUAUAUGUAGCAUACAGAAGAGGAAAUGGGGGGAAAAACAGUUUGCACAAGACUCUGCCAUAUCAUCGUGGAUGACGAGGAUGAGCUGAAACUCAAUCCCAGCAAAACUGAACUAUCAUCCCAGGUGAUGCAUCCCCAGCCCAGGAUCUUGCAAUAUCCCUGAACAACUCUCUGAUCUCUCCUUUGGCCACUGCUUGCAACCUUGGGGUAACCAUGGACAAUCAACUGUCCUUUUUCUCCCAUGUUACUAAUGUCACACGCUCAUGUUGAUUUCUUCUCUACAACUUCAGAAGGAUUCGACCAUUUUUACUCACACAGGCUGCUCAGGUGCUUGUUCAGUCUCUUGUCAUUUGAAGACUGGAUUACUGCAACUCUACUGGCAGGUGUACCUCUGAACGCAAUUCAUCCUCUGCAAAUGAUCCAAAAUCCACUGGCUUCUGGUAGCUGCACACAUCAGAUUCAAAACACUGAUGCUUGCCUACAAAGCCAAGAAUGGACCAGCUCCAUCUCACCUCAAAGCUCUUAAUACUUCUCGCACUAUACUACGAUCCCUCCGAUCUACUAGCACUGCUCGACUGGUCCCACCAUCUCUCAGGGUAAGAGGUAGGUAUACAUCUAGACUCUUCUCUGUUCUGGCACUGAGGUGGAUGAAUGAAUUUCCCCUAGAUUUCCAUACAGCUGAGUCUUCAAAUGCCAGAUGAAGACCUACCUCUUCCUGAAACAAUUAAACUGGCUCUUAUUUUCCCUGUUUGUUUUGCAUAUUAUUUUAUGUUGUAACAUAGACAUACAAUACACAGUUUUAGGCAGAUGGUAUUCUAAGUCAGUGACCUAUUGAACCAGUGUUAAUGUAUUAAUUGAUAGAGACUUCAAAGCACUUUUGUACAUCGCUCUGGAUAAGAGGAUCUGCCAAAUGUCAACCUCAUAUGACAGUUUCAGCUAAAGUUCAGCUGUUUUAUGCCAAACGUCUCAAAAGCACAGAUGAUGAUAAAUACCGAGACAUCAAGAAAGCACUUUCUGAAACACAUGUCAUGAAAUUACCAUGUGAUCAUGGGAUGAGAGCAUGCCAAUACAUUCAAAACAUAUCACCUGCUAGCUCGCAUCCACCCCCAACUUCCUGCUCUCAGUUUUCUUUGUCCAGGAUUGUUGCUUAAUCUAGUGGAAUGAUGUGAUUUAGCAUGAUUCAUGGAGUCUGAUGCAGUUUCUAGCAGUGUUUGUUUUACUGUGAGAGAAUUACUGCCAGUACCACAUUCGGUCUGUCCACAUAAUUUUUACAGUCACCAGCUCGGCAGCCAGUGUGGCAGUGAACUGCCCUUGACUCAAUAGCAGGACUUCUUUUCAUGUAAAAUAGUGGGAUUCCUGAAACAGUAAAAGCCAUGUCCUUUAAAAACCCUUGCAGACAAAAGUGUGAGACAAAACAGGAUACCACCCUGCAACUCUCUGUUCUCUUUAUAUGAUCAACAGACUUCUUAUUGGCCAGUGGUUUGGGACAUGGUUGUAAGGUGUCUACUAAGUGGUCUGUCAGUUGUAUUUUCAGUCUUAUGACCCUAAAUCUACAUGGUCUGUGUUACCUUGGACUCCCCUCAGCAUGCCCUAUUCAUGUGUGGAAUCUCAUUGUUGGUGUGGACAUCAAUUCAAGCUGGUGUUUUUAAGGCCAGAGGGAGGCUCCUACUUCAUUAGAGCUGUUUUUCGAGGGCUGGCUUUAGUGCAAGCGCAACAUCUGUAGCUGGCAACCAGUUUAGGGUGCAUAGGUGAGGCGAUUCACAAAUUUGGGGGAAACAGAGAUUUGGUAUAAAGGUAUUCCUUUAAAGAAGGCAAAUUAAGUGAAGUCUGAAAAAAAUGGCACCUGCUUCACUGACAAUUUGGUGUCUCCUCACAAUUUGGACACUUAUCCCAGCUGUGCAUCUCGAGGAAGAAGAGCUUAAUGAAACUGUCAUAUGUACCAAUGAGCAGAUACAAGUGACGAUACCAAGUGCUUUUUUUCUCAGCAAGGACCCCCCUGUUUAUAUUUGGGAUUUGCACCUGAAUAACCCAGAUUGCCGUGGUGUUGAGAUUGGGGAUGACUAUGUCUUUACAAUCAAGACUAAUCUCACAGACUGUGGCACCAUCAUGGCAUCUGAUGAGACUUACAUCAUGUUCACCAACACCAUUCACAAUAACGAAUCAGACGUCAUCACUAGAAGCUAUGUCAACAUUACAUUUGGCUGUCGCUACCCUGCAAACUACAUGGUCCGGCAGCCUAAUGGUGAAAAUAUGAUCCGAGUGGAUGUCAGGACGAUCACUCUGGACACAGAAGAUGGAAAUUUCUCAGUGUCCAUGCUGCUUUAUAAAGAUGAGGACUUUGUGGACAAAUGGACCACUGUUCCAUCUUUAAUGCUUGAUGACAACAUCUAUGUGAAAGUUUUCAUGAUACCAGCUAAUCUCAUGCUCAGAGUGGAGAGAUGCUGGGCCACACCGAACCAUGAUCCAUACAGCAACAUUCAGUACACUUUCAUUAAGGACAGCUGUCCAGUGCUGACCAAUGACCAGACACUGGCUGUGAUAAAGAAUGGACAAGGCCCUGAGGCGCUAUUCAGGAUCCAAAUGUUUAAGUUUGUGGGCAGCUCCUACACAGACAUCUUCCUUCACUGUAAUGUCCAGAUCUGCCACAGCAGUGCAGGAGCAUGCCAACCUAACUGCACUACUGAGGACACAUCAGCACGUACACGCAGAGACGUUGCUCUGUCCCACACCGUGUCCUAUGGACCAAUAAAAAGACGUGACGUUCAGUCUGGCAAAAGCACUCUGAAUGCACAUGCACCCCCAGUGGAAACCUUUGUGCUCGGAGGUCUGUUGGUGGUGCUUCUGCUCAUCACCGGUGUGUUUGGGAGACUGUGGCUCAAAAGCAGACGGUCUUAUCCAACCCAAGAGGCCCAGCUUACCCUGUCCAACAUCCACCACAUCUCAGAGGUGGCCAGCUAAGCUGGGGUCUACAAGAAAAUACCUCUCUUACCCACAGACAAAAAAAUUAAAUAUAUAUUCUGUACAGUGAGGAUUAAAACUAUAGUUUGUUGUUUUAAUGAAGUACAAAUAAUUAGGUUUAGUAUGUACAAUAUAUAGAUUACAAAGAAGGAUUUUAAUAGAUGUGCAUGAUCCUUUAAUCUUUUGUUGUUUUUAUUUGUUGUCAAGGUUAGC